AGCCUGUGUACCACUGGCCACACCUUUCUACUCCUUGGAACAAGUAGCAUGCGCAGAUGAGCCAGACUCCACAUAUAAGUGACUGGCCUCCAGCUGUGAAGCAGACUGACUGAAGAAGAGCACAGUUACCAGGCCGAUACGGGAACAUGUUGUGGACAAUAUUCUUACUGCUUAAUGGCCUGUUGCUUCUUGUCCUCCUCUACUCUACCCGCACACGACAAACAAAUGAGCCGCCACUAGACAAAGGUUUCCUUCCGUGGCUCGGGCAUGCCCUUGAGUUUGGCAGAAAUGCUGCAGAGUUUUUGGCUCGGAUGAAAGACAAACACGGAGACAUCUUUACAGUCCGUGUUGCUGGUCGCUACAUCACGGUGCUGCUGGAUCCAUAUUCCUUUGAUGCCGUGCUGCAGGACACAGUGGGCUUUGACUUCACCCGCAGGAAAAGCCUGCUCAUAAAAAGAAUCUUUAAUCUGCAGAUGCCCAGCAACAAUCCUUGUGCACAGAGGGAGUGGAUGAAACGGUCCUUUAAAGACGUCAGCCUGUCCAAGCUUAGCAACUCCAUGAGAAGUCACCUCCAGAUGCUGCUCCCAAGAGACACUAGGUGGAGACAGGACGGACUCUUCAGCCUCUCUUACAGCCUGUUGUUCAGGGCCAGUUACCUAACCUUGUUUGAGAGGCGAGACAACACUGACAAGGUCUACAAAGAGUUCCGCAAGUUUGAUGGGCUUCUGUCCAAACUGGUUUACGGCACACUCAAACGAGGAGAAAGCAGAACAGCCACUUUGUCACAGGAGUGCCUGUGGGAGCUGCUGUACCCAGAAGGUUUGGAUGAAGGGUCAAAGUUGAAUUCUUGGCAGCAGAACUAUCACCAGUUCCUGCAGGAGGAGGGAGUAGAUGCUGAAAUGCAAAAACGGGCUUUUUUGUACCAACUCUGGACCACCCAGUGUAAUGUUGGACCUGCUGCCUUUUGGCUUCUUGGCUUCUUGCUCACACACCCUGAGGCCAUGGAGGCGGUUUGCACAGAGAUCAGAGGAGUUACUCCACAGGACAGAUCCCGACAGCAUUUCCUGCUCAACAUCUCAGAAACACACAAUACACCUGUGUUUGAUAGCGCUCUGGGUGAGACCCUCCGGCUCACUGCUGCAGUAAUGAUCAACAGAGAUGUGGUGCAAGACAGGAUCCUGCACAUGGCCAAUGGCCAAGAGUACCACCUAAGACAAGGGGACACCAUCUGCCUGUUCCCCUACCUCAGCCCUCAGAUGGACCGACAGAUACAUGAAGAACCACAGAGUUUUAGAUAUGAUCGCUUCCUAAAUGAUGAUAUGACAGAGAAGAAAAUAUUCUACAAGGAUGGAAAGAGGCUAAAGUACUACACCAUGCCUUGGGGGGCAGGAACAAACAUGUGUGUUGGGAAAGUGUUUGCUGUGGCAGCCAUUAAACAAUUUGUCUUCAUGGUCUUGACGCAUCUUGAUCUAGAGAUGUGUGACCCAAAGGCUCACCUACCAUCAAUUAACCACAGCCGCUAUGGUUUUGGGGUCAUUCAGCCGGAUGGAGACUUGCAAGUCCGAUAUAGACUCCGUGGCCAUCUCAGUGAAGUGUGAUUUUUUUUUUUUAAUUUUCACAAUUAAUGUGAAAAUAUAGUUAGUGCACUGGAUUUCUUUAUGUGUAGCUUUAUUUAUUAUAUUUUACUCUAUAGCUCUAUAGUUUAUAGUGAUACGGAGUUUAGUAACAGUUUUUGUAUUUGCGUUAGUUGUAUGCAAUUAUUUC